AUGGGCCCAGACUCCCAGGCUAUCCAUGACUUCAUGGGCUGCAACCAAGAUCUGAGACGCCACGACGCCGACUGGCAGUCCUCCGGAGUUCCAUGGAUGCCAGGAGGUCGGCGCAAGAACCUGAUGUGCGAGUUUCCUCCCGGAAACAGUCGCCCGUCAUUCCAAGUCUUGGAUGUUACAUCCAGUGCAUGCGCCUGCCUCAAGCAGGGGUUGUUGCGCCAGGCAGGCAAGGAGCUUGCCAGAAAGGCCAGGAGGCUUGCAGGGGACAUUGCGCCUGCUGCUGCGAGACCCGAUCCGAAAUCCCCGGCCCCAGACCACUUUCGGUUGCUCCCCUGUGUCCUGCUCACCAACCGAGCCAGCGCAGCCAACAACCCCGCAAAACAGAAGGACCCAGGCCGAUGGCUAGGGUGUAACGCUGCAAGGGGUACUGAAUGA